UCGAAGGAGCUACGUUUAAAAAAAAAAACAACAUAAGAGGGGGGAAAAAUACGCACAAAAAACGGAUUAAACUUGGAUUUUUAUUGAGUUAUAAGACGUUUUGUGGAUUGGGAAAAUUCAGUGGAGACUUGCAUUAACUCGAAUUGAUGGCCACCCCGAGUAAAACCCCACCGGGAGCCGACCCGAAGCAGCUGGAGCGGACCGGGACUGUCCGGGAGAUCGGCUCCCAGGCGGUUUGGUCGCUCUCCUCCUGUAAACCAGGUUUCGGAGUCGAUCAGCUGAGAGACGACAACCUGGAGACGUACUGGCAGUCAGACGGGUCUCAGCCUCAUUUAGUCAACAUACAGUUCAGGAGGAGAACGACGGUGAAGAUGUUGUGUAUUUACGCCGAUUAUAAAUCAGACGAAAGCUACACGCCCAGUAAGAUCUCCGUCAGAGUGGGAAACAACUUCCACAACCUUCAAGAAAUCCGGCAGUUGGAGAUGGUGGAGCCCAGCGGCUGGAUUCACAUCUCACUGAUGAAUCAGCGAACGAACGAGCCGAUCAGCACCUUCAUGAUCCAGAUCGCCGUGCUCGCCAACCACCAGAACGGCCGAGACACGCACAUGCGGCAGAUCAAAGUCUACACGCCGGUGGAGGAGAGCUCCAUCGGCAAGUUCCCACGAUGCACCACGGUCGACUUCAUGAUGUACCGAACCAUCAGGUGAUCUGGACUUUGACCCUCUGCGGACCCCCGAACGAACUCUUGAUACGUGGAGCAAAUCCGAUCCGAUCCGGUGCAUCCUCGAUUGAUUCCGUGUCGACUCAUGGGAUUGAUCGAUCGGUCUUACACAAAUGUGGCUUUUGUGAAAGUAUAGCUCUUGAUAUUUUAAAAGUGAAGCUGCCAAUAUUUAAUGUAUUUAAACGUGACUGUAACAAAAAAGGUUUUCAGUGUUUUUUUUUGUCUUUUUCAGGAUGGAAAAGCCUCUUUAUAUACGAUCACAGGACGAUUAAAGGGACACUUAAAGGUUCAGAAAAACCUUGGCGGAGAUCACUGCAGCCUUAUAAAUAUUAAAGAAUGAUCAUAUCAGAGGUGGAUGAUACCAACUAGACGAGACCUGAUGGCUAAUAAACGUCAGUAUGAGUCUGAUUUGUUAUAGGAGAGCGUUGAGACUGAAUAAGGGUUUAUAACAAUUAGAUUUUGGUUCAUAAAAUGUCAGAAAAUGAUAAAAAAAAGCUCGAGAUGCAACCUUAAAUGUCUUAUUUUUUGUGUUGACCAACAAUCCAAAACUUAUUAUAUUCAGUUUACUGUUAAAAGUAA